CUAGAGGUCACCACAGGUCAUUUUAAGCAGUGACACAAGUUUCAGAAAAUGGUUUCACUAAAUUGAAAUGGCUCCUAUGGGGACUAACAUCAUCACACAUAAAUACAAGUGGGAUCAUUGAAUCCACAGGAGCCUCAGCUUUUCAGUCAUACCCAAUGUAUGCAACUCCAAGACUGUUUAGGGACCCCACUAUGCCGAAAUGUUAAAACACACCUUUUUAGAAUAGGCGAAAAGAACACAUUUAUACUGCAUGAGAAAAACUGCAUGGUUAUUGCCCAAAAUGCAUGGGAUUAUCAUGACGUGGGCAUAUAUGUAAAGGGAAAACUUGUGGGUAAACAUAGAACCCAUCAUUCAGAUACCUUGAGGAGAAAGGUCCAAGGGACCCCUUUGAAAAUGGCCAUACUAGUUUUUCCCUCGCCAAACUUUAGCCCAACUUUGGAACAUAAUUUAGCCACCUUCCCAACAAGCUAGCUAGCUAGCUACAGCAUCUGAACGUCUUUGCAGCCUGUGAGAGAGGCUGACACAUCUCCUCAGCAUGCUUUUCUGUGGGAGGAGACUGAGAGAGAGCGCGAGGAGGAGGAGAAGUGGUUGGAAAAACUGUAAUCUGACUCCUACUUUCAGUUGGACGUCCUUUCUGUUUACUAGCCAAACCCACCGAGGGGUGAAAGGUCACAUUCUUUGCCCCGCGCUGCUUCUCCAAUUGGUUGAUCCACGUCAGGUCGAGCUGACUUCCUAUUUCCUGUUUGCUGGCUCAGUCUGCUAAGGCUUUUGUUUAGCUCCAGCGUUUUAAGGCUGAUAGGUUUGCCCAGGCUAACAGCCUGCCAACAGAGGUCUGUGGCUUGUCAGGAUAUUGUGAAACAUAAUCUCAUGCAGAGGCAUCAUCCAGAUCUCUGCAGCAACGGUUUAAUGAGCUCUCAACCUGAUUUCCUGCUUCACAGAUGACAAAGAGUUCAACGUUUUUACUUCUUUGUUCCCUGCAGCCAAUCUGCACCUUCCCUCAGCCCCAGCAGCAGUCGCGCACUCUUAGAGAGAUGGCUCAUUCUUCUCGGGGAGCCGGCUCUCCAGCUGGUACUUCUCGGCGUGGUCGAGGCUCUAAGAGCUCCGGCUGCGUUUCCUCUCAGAACCACGGAGGCGACACCGAGAUGUUGGAGCGGCUUUUGAAUAAGCCCAAACUGGUGGUGGUGGAGGAGCCCAAGGAGAGAGGCAUGAGGUUUCGCUAUGAAUGUGAGGGACGCUCGGCUGGCAGCAUCCUGGGGGCGUCCAGCACCGAAACCAACAAAAGUCAGCCUGCCAUAGAGAUUCAGGGCCCCAUUGACCACUUGAAGAGGGUCACAGUCACAGUUUCCUUGGUGACCAAAGACCCCCCACACCGGCCUCACCCCCACUGCCUUGUGGGUAAAGACUGCCCAAACGGUUCAGGAAUCUGCAGGGUCACGCUCAAUCCUCACAGCAACCGACGUCACAGCUUUGCUAACCUCGGUGUCCAGUGUGUGAGGAGGAAAGAGCUGGAUGUUUCACUUGAGAAGAGAAGAAGCCAAAAUAUUGACCCCUUUCAAACUGGUCACUCAAAGGGCAUUGAAGACAUGGACAUGAAUUCUGUGCGUCUAUGUUUUCAGUGUGAGCUUGACUGGGAGGACGGCAGAAAAGACUCUCUCAGCCCAGUGCUGUCAAAUCCCGUUUAUGACAAGAAGGCCACAACUACAUCACAGCUGAAGAUUGGCCGUUUUAACCAGUACAGAGGUUCCUGCACCGGAAAGACAGAGAUCUACAUGCUUUGUGACAAAGUUCAGAAAGAUGACAUAGAGAUCCUCUUCAGGAAAGGAUCGUGGAAGGCGAGCGGGGAGUUUGCCCAGACAGACGUGCACCGUCAGAUCGCCAUUGUGUUUAAAACUCCGCCCUACCAGGACCAGGACAUCACAGAGGAAGUUGAAGUCAGUGUGGUCCUGCGUCGCCUCUCCGACCAGAUGGAGAGUGAGUCUGUCACCUUCACGUACCUGCCACACAACCCAGAUCCAUAUGAGGUGAAGCGGAAGAGGAAGAUAAAGUCAGACAUCAGCUUCAGAGAUAAACCUUGUGUGACAGCAGAAAGUGCACCUGCUGUGGAGCAGCCUUUCCACUUCCCGGAGCCUCAAACCAUGAUGUCUCCAGACGAGAGGCCUUGUGCUGCCCAGCCUGGGUCCUCCGCUUUAGGGGCAAUGUGUUACAAUGAGCCCCAGGACUCAGACAAUGGCACCGAUGCGACGGCCAUCUUUAACCAGUUGCUGGAAAUACCUGAGUUUUGGGACAUGAUUUCUGACCCGAGCUUCACUUCACCCUCUGGCUUUGAGCAGGGGCCCGACCCCGCGUUUGCAAACAUGGACAUGAACUCCAACCAGAACUUUGGCUUGUAUGCUCAAGACUUUUCACAUUACAACUACAGCGACUUGCAGUUCAACAUGCUUGUCAAUGAGAACCAGACUCUGCAGCCAGAGGCACAGGACAACUCCUCCAACAUGGUUCAGGUUAAGACAGAAGAGGAGCUAUGAGGACGGGAUAGUCAGGAUCAUCAAGCUCUAGGAAUAAUUAGACAUUUUGGGAAAUGUGCUUAUUUGCUUUCUUGCCAAGAAAAAGAAAAGAAGAUUGAUACCACUCUCACGUCUCUCACCACCAGAAUGGUAUGGAUCUUUUCAUCCAACUCUUGGCAAGAAAGUGUAUUUCCCAAAAUGUUGAAUUUCUCCUCUGGAUUUAGAGCCAAACAACAUUAUGUUGUCCCAAAUCCAAGGCUACUGCUCCGGCUGCUUGCACUGUGAAAUGUGUUUGUCCUUAAACCAUAUCUUUGUCUGAAGACCUUGCUGGUCAAGACUUUAGCAACCAGGAGCAGUUUAAAAUUCCUACAUAAAAAAUGCUGCCAGCAUUAAUCAUUAGUAGGAGGGGAUUCUCACAGUUAGCGUGGAGCUUAAAAAGAGAACUCAUGAACAUCGAUAUUUAACUUGGGAACAAUAGAAACCCUCCCAUGACUCAUGGUCUAUUGUAGUAAAUGAUUGGUGAGGUAAGACUGAAAUACCUGUCAUGUAAUGUUUGUCUGUCUGUUUUGUUUUCUUUGACAUGAUUUUGGGAAAAGGACCUGACUUACUACAAAAAGUUGAUGUAGGAUUUUAGUUUGAAAAUACAAAAAGUCUCAUGUAUAGUAGUUUCAGAUCUGCUCUUCACUUUGCUCUUGCCUGUUAUUACUCUCUGUUGGUGUGGCUGUCACCCCAGAUGGCUUGUUUAUUAAUAUUUAAUCAACUUAAAUGCAACAGAAACCAGUCCUCCUCAUAUUUAUAGCUCUGUCUGUGUCAGUUCCUAUUGUUUGCAGUUUCACUCUCGUGCUAAACAUUCAAAUUUCCACUCACAGCUUGUCACAAGUCCAACUCCGCCCCCUCGCUGUAGCACUGUAGUGUCAAUAUUUCAGAGAAGAAACAAUAAAAUGUCUGUGUUA